AUGUUGAAAAAGAGUUCUGUGAUGGAUGACGAAAUAUUUGAAAUGAUUGAUGAAUCUGAUUCUAAUGAAGAUUCUGAUGACGAAGAUUACAAUUUAGGGGAUAAUCUUUUUAAAAAACAAAAUAAAGUUAAAACAAAUAAAUCAGGCAAAUUUUCUUUAAAAUCCAACAAAUCACGCAAUAAAACAACUAAUUUUACUCCAAAAACUUUCAAUUCUCACAUAAAAAAGGAAAACCAUAAGUUGAAGAGCGACACACCUAUAAAAAGUCCCAGUAAACAAGUAGUGGCUUCUCGCUUGUUUGAGAUAAUAAUAGGACGCAAACACGCUCGUCUAUCGAGUUGUUUACAUCGUAUUUAUUUAUCACUUGCAUCAGAGGAUAAGUAUGUUACAAUAGCUGAGAUUUUAUCAUUUAUCAUCGAAUGUGCGGGAUUCACACCAAAUCUUGUCCACUACUCAUUUGUUGAUAAUUCUAGCCCGAAUAAAUCAACUGCUGAAUCAAAAGAACAGGAGUGGGAUAUGUUUAAGAAUUUGUACAAUAACCUACCAAACAAGGUUAAUUUUGAACAAAUUAAUAGAUUAACUAGUGAAGAUAACCGUAAUUAUGAGUUCGAAGAUUCUGAAGUGUAUGGAACUAGUAUAAAUUUUGAAAAUGGAAACUCCCUAUCACAUAAGUUUUACACAGUUUGUAAUCGUAGGAUGAAGUCCUUGAAUAAGAAAUUGGAAUAUAAAGAGGGCUGGAUGAUUGAUUUUGGAAGUGUAGGUUUCCAUCGGUUCUGUGAGUUUUUCAACGAACUGAUUCUACAAAUUGAACUACAAUAUUUCCAACACAUAGUUACAUUAAUAGAGUACGUAUUUGUACUAAGUACUUGCCAAUACAGAGGAAUUCGCCUGUUAUCGACAGUGGCAUGUAAUGAACUAAUUAAAUCUAUGCUUCUAAAAUUAGAUGUUUUGAAAAAAGAUCAAGUGGUGCUGAGAAAGCAAUUGUUGGUGGAGUCAGAUUUGGACAAAAGAGCCGCCAGCAGAUUAGGAGGUGAUUUAACUAUUUCCAACUCCACCAUAGAAUUGUAUAAAAGGGUUAACUUGGUUAAUAUAAUAUGCUCCACAGUACUGAAUAUGGUCAAAACUAGUUUUUACGUAAAUUACUCAGCAAAGUCCUUUGAUAUUGUUGCAGACCUCAGGGUCAUUUCAGCAUAUUACUUAGUAGUUCAUUCCAUUAUUAACCCAGAAUUAUACAGUCAUCCUAUAUUCAUGGAGUUGGUAACUAGUUUACUUGGUAAUAUGGACGACAAUCUUCCACUAUUGCUCAAGUUCAUACUGAUAAAUGGCACUACAUUGGAUGAAAAGAUCAUGGAACGAGUCUUGAGAAUAUAUCCAAGUGAAAACAAUGAAGUUAACCAACUAAUUGAGUUUGUCCACGUCAAGCAUGUUACUUCACACAUCUCUGAUAAACUUGAUAUUUCUGAUAAACUUGAUAUUUCUGAUAAACUUGAUAUUAAUGCUGAGAUGGAUGAUGAAAAAGUAUAUAAUAAAAUUGUGAAUACUAAUAAUAAGUAUAUAGGCUGUAUAUACUUGUUAAGGGAAAUACCAAAUUUUAAAAUUAAACUUGAAUUUGACUUGAAUUUAACAAAUGUAAAGAGUAAAUACCAAAACUUGUUUAACAGCAACAAUAAACCAUAUAAUCACCAUGUAUACAACUUUAAUAGCGGUAAGGAUAGUAGUGUCGAUGAAAAUUACAUGGAAAACAUGAGAGUUAUUUGUGACUCAAUGUUAAAAUAUAGUGAAAAGGAAAAUUAUAGUCAGUUUGUAAGUAAUUUGGUUUUGGAUUUGGUUGAAAUUAAUUUCUUUGACCCUAAUUUUUCCUAUUUUUCCUUUUCAAAUUAUGUUAAAUUCACAAAUCCACCAAAGUUACACGCUCUAUACAAUACCAUUUUACUACAAUUACUCAAGCACCUUAAAUCAAGUAGUUUAAAUGUAGACACGGGAAGUGUGUUAAUGAGCAAUUUGGACGAUUUCAUGACAAAUUCUGAUGAAUUGUAUAAAUUAAACAAAACUAACGAAAACAACUUAAUAGCACUAUUGAAUAUGUUUAACGAACUGGUGAGGAUGACUGUGACACAAUCAAACAAAUUCAAGGUCCUAGAUUUGGUUCUGAAAAGACUUGAUUACUUGCUAAAUUCGCCCAAUUUGCUGUCAAUUUCACUGAACAUAUUAUCUAACAUGACAGAAGGCGGAGAAAGUAAAGAAGAUAAUACCAAUACAACACUUCAGAGUAAAAUUAACUCUUUUUUUAAUACUAACUUCAAUCAGCUAUGUAAGUUUAUGGCAGAAUUAAAAGCUGAUGGUAAUUUUGAUAACGAGGAUGAGGUGACGAGAUUAUUAUAUAUAUUGAAUAGUUUAAUGAGUAGUUUUAAUUUUGUUAAAUUGGACGAAAACAAGUUCACAAAAUUGUUUAACAGCACCGUUGACAUGUUGUCGGAUAACUCAGCAGAAAGGCUUGAAUUACUGGAUGAGUUGAUGAUAUUUUAUUAUUUGGUAUAUGAAUAUGUAAUAUUAAAGAGUAUAAAUACUGACUAUUAUUUUGAUUUUUUGCCCCAACUGUAUAACAAAUUACUGCUAAUGCUGCUUCUUAAACCUAAAUUCAAUAAUGCUGUAGAAAAGUUUAUCACGGUUUCAACAGCGUUAAACAUCUUAAAGUUGUCUAAUAUUGAUUUUUUGAAGAAUAACUACUCGUUCACGCUCAGCUCAAGUGCAUCAAAUCAACUGCUAAACUAUAUUACAGACAUAUUUUUAUCAUUCUACACGAGCCGCAAUAUUCCCAAAACAAGUCAAAAGAAGAGUAAACUAAACAUAUUGAAUGACGGUUGUGUAACCAUAAGUCAUAAAUAUACACAUUCUAAAACUUGUUUGGAUACAUUAAAUGAUCUGUACAUGACCGAGAGUAUAGUGUAUCAAUACGCAAAAACACUGAACAAGUUAGUAUAUAACAGUAAUAUAUCAAUAGUAAUAUUAUUGAAUAGCUGCAGUGGUUAUGAGCGCAUAAGAGUGGCAUCGCAAAAGUUCCUUGAAGUACUUUCAAAGCUAGAUUUGAAACUAUUUAACCUCAUUUCACAACAUUGUAUGAUUACUUUGUAUGAGUUAUCGCAAUUUUCACUCCUCAGCUCGGUCAUCAAAUUGUUUAACCAAUUUGAAAAUGGGGAAAUUUUACCCUUUAUAUAUCAUUUAUUAAUGUACAUUAAGAAGUCUCAGUCGAAUCACAACCUUCAACAGUAUAUCAAACCAAUACUUUUGUACAACAGUGGUGUUAAAACACAAUUGGAUAAUACUAAUGUUAAUACAGUUGGUGAUGAAAAGUACAAUAAUAUACUGAAGCUGAUUAAAUUAGUGAGAAGUAACCAACAACUUGACCUUUUGAAAUACUUGGACAAAGUAUCCAAACUGUCUCUGGACGACAAUUUUAAUGAUAACUUAUUAACAUUAAGACGGAACUUAAACUCUAAAUCCAUCGAACAAUUGUGCACCAGUAUCCUCAAGAGUAUACCUAAACAAAGUUCAAAACUACCUAAAUCAAGUUCACAAUCAACUAGAGCUAGUUCCGACCUUGUUGAGCCUAGUUCAAAACUACCUAAACCAAGUUCUUUGAAUUUAAAGGGUAGUAAGAGACGAAGAAUGAAUGAAGUUGAUACGACGUUGUUGCCUCAUGAUUAUUACCAAUUUAAUGAUAACACAACUCACUCAUUUGGUUCCAUUAAUGGAAAUGAGAAUGAGAGCUCACCAGAGAUUGUGAGAAACUACAGUAAAAGAACCCAAUUGCCUAGCAUAGGGAUGAAAAAUAAGAUGGAACCGAUAGAAUUGAGAGACGACGAGUUAAACUUGGAGGAUUUGGGAGCCCUGAAUGAGUUGGAGCCUUUUGAAGACGUUAUAGAAAUCCCAGACGAUCUUUCUCCAACCAAAUUAGCACUCAAAAGCUCAAGCUUAUAUUAUCACUAA